AUUAAUUACAUUGUGCCUCCAGGAUUAGAAAAAAAAUGUCCUUGGGCUCCACGCGUAAAACUGAGCUCAAGUACUGGAAAAACGCUAGUUGUGAUUUAAAUAUAACUGUUUAAAAUAGAUAAUAGGUAAUAAAUAAGUAGUUUAUUUGUCCUUAAUUACUGGUCUGUGCAAUGAAUUUAUCAACCGGAUAAGAAAAUGUGUCAUUUUAAACCUGGCCCUGAGACCGUUUAAACAUGGCGUUGUUUAACCUGAGACCUAAAUUUUUAAUCGACAGGAAAAAAUAGGCCAGUGAAAUGACAGAUAUGAUCUAAAACACACGGCGUCUGCUUUUAAAGAAACGUUUAGACAUUAAGUCCAAUACAGGAAAAUGUCGGUUUAUUUCACCGUUUGCCUUUUUGCCCUGCGUGGUCUCCAGUCGUGUCCAAAAUAUGCUUCCUGAUUCUGCAGAGGUUCUGGUGCUGAUGAACCGAUCGUCGUUUCAUUUUACGCCUAAUAACACGAGAGAAUUCUAAAUCGUUUCAAAAGCUCCUAAACCUGUUAAUUCAGAGACAUUUGGAGGAAGUCCUCUCCGCCGUGAGGCCUGGUUGUACAGGAAUUCCUUCCGGUUCUGUAAUUUAUAGGACGGAGGGGGGACGCGCGCUCUAAUGCGUCCCUUGGGGAGCAGCUGAAGCCCGCUCCGCCGCCUGCGUCGGACCGACGCAACGCACAGACCGAGGCGCUCGCGCAGGCCGAGGGGCGGCCCGCACCGCUGCUUUGUUCAGAGAGUGAUCCGAUCCAAUCACAUGAUUUUUUUAAAGGAAUCCUUUUAACAACUGCGGAAAUAUCAUAAUCACGUACUUGCAUUCAAGUCUGUUUUAAGGCCUCCUACCUGAUUCCAGGUUACUUGCCACGAUGUUGAGCCGCCUGUUCAGCGAGGUGCUGCCGGAUGUCCAGAGGCUCGCGGCGGACUGGGCGGACGACAAUGACAACGACGACUGCAAAGCCAAGGGCGAGGACCACCAGUCCUGUCACCUCGGCGACGACGACCUGGACGAGCCGCAGGAGGGAAGCAGCCGCGCCGAGUCCGAGAUGGCGGGGGACGACGACGACGACGAGGCCGAGGAGGAGGAGGAGGAGUGCGGCGACGAGAACGCGGAGGACAAGCCCAAAAAGCGCGGCCCGAAGAAGCGCAAGAUGACGGCGGCGCGCGUGGAGCGCUCCAAAGUGCGCCGGCUGAAGGCGAACGCGCGGGAGCGCACGCGCAUGCACGACCUGAACUCGGCGCUGGACAAUCUGCGCAAGGUGGUGCCGUGCUACUCCAAAACCCAGAAGCUCUCCAAGAUCGAGACGCUGCGGCUGGCUAAGAACUACAUACUGGCCCUCGGGGAGAUUUUACGCAACGGGAAGCGUCCAGAUGUGGUGACCUACGUGCAGAUGCUGUGUAAAGGCCUGUCGCAGCCCACGACCAACCUGGUGGCGGGCUGCCUGCAGCUCAACACCAGGAACUUCCUCACCGAACCGUGUUCGGACGGAGCUCGCCUGCACGUGCCCGGCUCCCCGUUCUCCGUGCACGCGUACUCCUACCGCUGCUCGCGCCUGUCCAGUCCGCACUACCAGCCCGGCGGCGGCCCGCUCCACCUGCGCGGCCCCUCCUACGGCUCUGGGUACGAGGCCAUGUAUCCGCCGGGGGGGACCUCCCCGGACUACAGCAGCCCGGACUACGAAGGCCAGCACAGCCCGCCCGUGUGCCUGUCCGGGAGGCAGCAGGAGUCCUCGGAGACGGACAGGAACUAUCAUUACUCUAUGCAUUACUCCGGACUGAGCACGUCCCGACCCGGCCACAGUCUACCGUUUGGACCCCCCGGGGGGCGGGGCGGCGGCGGCGCGCACUCUGAAAACAUUCCACCUUUCCACGACGUCCACUUGCACCACGACAGAGCUCCUCCGUACGAGGAUCUCAACGCAUUUUUCCACAAUUGAGUGACGGCCCAGGCAGACGUACUGACUGUGUAAAGACAAUCCUGUAACGUGUAAUUCUGCGUGGGAAGCAAACGCCGGAAGCGAUUCUUUAACCUUCUGUAUUCUGAUGUCAUCCCUAUACUGUUGUACAUCCUAUCAGAGUGUGUCCAGUAUUACCCUGUAUGCAGAAUGAGUGCAAUUGACAUAAACGAUGUAUAGGCCUAUGAGAAACAUGUAAUGACCUGAACAGAAAUAAAAAAAAAAAGUUU